GGUGGGCUGUGAGAGGCUGAGCGGCGGGCCCGGGUGGGUCUUGGCCAAUCAGAGCUCGACAGCAGCCACCCGCAAAACCACACUCGCCUCGCCUCGUCUCCCUCACCACCUCACACCACUGACCACACCACCGAUCUUCUCCUCUCCUCUCCUCUUCUCUUUAAAGCUAGCUAGAGCUAGCUACCUACCUGCCCUCACCGGCGAUCGACCUCCGGCCGAUCCUCCACUCCGCCGUCACACACACACAUCUUAGCUAGCUGCUGCCGCCGCUGCAUCAGGGAAUUGAAGAAGCUAGCGGAUCGGCUCGAUCGAAGGAGAAAAGAUGGGCCGCGGGAAGGUGCAGCUCAAGCGGAUAGAGAACAAGAUAAACCGGCAGGUGACCUUCUCCAAGCGCCGCAACGGCCUCCUCAAGAAGGCGCACGAGAUCUCCGUCCUCUGCGACGCCGAGGUCGCCGCCAUCGUCUUCUCCCCCAAGGGAAAGCUCUACGAGUACGCCACCGACUCGCGCAUGGACAAAAUUCUUGAGCGUUAUGAGCGCUAUUCCUAUGCUGAAAAGGCCCUUAUUUCAGCUGAAUCUGAAAGUGAGGGAAAUUGGUGUCAUGAAUACAGGAAACUGAAGGCGAAGAUCGAAACCAUACAAAAAUGUCACAAGCACCUCAUGGGAGAGGAUCUGGAGUCUCUGAAUCUCAAAGAACUCCAACAACUAGAGCAGCAGCUGGAGAGUUCAUUGAAGCACAUCAGAUCAAGAAAAAGCCACCUUAUGAUAGAGUCCAUUUCUGAGCUACAGAAAAAGGAGAGAUCACUGCAGGAGGAGAACAAGGCUCUUCAGAAGGAACUGGUGGAGAGGCAGAAGGCUGCCAGCAGCCAGCAGCAGCAGCUGCAGAUGCAGUGGGACCAGCAGGCUCAGACAAGCUCAUCAUUUUCCUCCUUCAUGACGAGGCAGGAUCAGCAGGCACUGCCCCCUCCAAAGAUCAGCAGCUACACGCCGGUGAUGACGAUGGGAGAGAGGGGCGACGACGCCACAGCAGCGGCGGCGGCGGCGGCGGCGGCACCGGGGCAGGCGCCGCAAGCGCAACUUCGCAUUGGAGGCCUGCCGCCAUGGAUGCUGAGCCACCUCAAUGCUUGAGGCGAAAGCACGUCGACCCAACCGCCACACCAUGAUUGCCGAGCGUUCCUCCAUCGACCGCGAGCAACUGCAUGCACCUGCAAGUGAUUGCUCACCGUUGAUUAAGUUGUAGCUGCGAUAGUUCAUGGCAGCUACAAGCUAUAUUAUUGUGUUAUGUUUGCAAGAAGAAGGGUAACCAUUGUACGAUCUUGUCCAGCAUGUACGUACGUACCAACUGCUGCACGCAUGCAUAUGCUUAUUAUAUUGGUCAGUAGCGAUGACAUCAGUUACCCAUGAUCCAGUGCUUUUGUUCAAAGGGUGCGUCAGACAUGGUUUGUGUAAAUAGUAUUAGGGUUACUGCUACUACUUCUUACUUCUACCAAUGAGUAAAUCGAUGGGAGAAUGAAUAAAGGCGUCCAUCUCCCUUGUUCUGCUGA